AUGGCAGCCACAAAUAUGCCACCAGCCGACGACUCGGGCGUUGAAGACGUCCAUCGUCUACAUGAAGAAGGUGAAGACGCUGAAGAAGGAGAAGAGAGACAAGGUGAGGCUGAAGAAGGCCGAGAAGAGAUACAACAAGACGAAGACGAAGACGACGAAGAGCUCGACGACGACGACGCCACGGCCAGCGACUCCAACUCCAACUACUCGACCGCCUCGGAGGACGCCCUGCCGCCCAUCCACGCCUACGGCCACGUCUACCACGGCUCCGGCCGCAUGGUCACGCCCAACGACCGCCACGAGAACGCGCGCCAGGGCCACCAGCACGAGCUCUUCACGCUGUGCCUCGGCGGCGCCCUGACCUUUUCCAAGCUGCCCCUGGACAAGCUCGACGCCGAGUCUUCGCCCUUCCACGUGCUCGACGUCGGCUGCGGCGGCGGCCACUGGGCCAUGGAGAUGGCGCAGACGAACCCGCUCGUCGACGUGCUGGGCAUCGAGCUGAGCAGCGCCAACCUGCCCAAGGAGGUGCCCCCGAACCUGACCUUUGAGAUUGCCGACGCCGCCGAGCAAUGGCCGCCGCGGCUGUACGACUUUAUCCACCUGCGGAACCUCGUGGGCGGCGGCAUCCGCGACUGGAAGCGCCUCAUCGUCCAGGCCUUUGACCACCUCAAGCCGGGAGGGCAGCUCGAGUUCACCGAGGUCACGCCGCUCUUCUUCGCCGUCGACCCGGACCCGCUGGCCGAGACGCCCUCGGAUGCGUCUUCCGGCGGCGACGUUGAAAAGCCCCGGGCCGACGUUGGCGCCGCGGCGAUAGAGUACGGCGCCGUCUUUGCGGAGAUUUCGGCCGCGCAGGGGAUUGAUUUCGAUCCGACGCCCAAGGUGAGGCCGUGGCUGGUGGAAGUUGGCGCGGAGAGCGUGCGAGAGCGGUCGGAUUGGCUGCCGGUGCGCAACUGGGCACGAGAUCCGGUGACGAAUAAAAAGGGCGAGAUUCUGAACAAGAUGCUUGCUCCGGGCUGCGAUCACUGGACGCUGAGGAUGUUUGGGCUUGCCGGCUGGGAGGAGGAGAAGACGCGGGACUUGCUGGGGAGGGUCAUGGAGGAGUACAACGAUCCGCUGCUGAGGAGCUGCAUCAAAGUAACAUUUAUAUCGGCAAGAAAACCUUCUGAAAAGAGCAGAACUCUCUAA